AUGCCUCACUUUGACGAAAGCAAGGCGUACGCCGUCCAAGAGGAUGUCUUCUUCGACGACGGUCGUGAGAUCGAGCUCCUGCACUUCGUUUACAGCCAGCCAGACCUCGACGAGAUCCGGGGCUCCCCCGAGCGCGUCCUCAAGGCCAUUGACGACUUUGGCCGCACCAGGAAGUAUCUCAUGAACGUCGGUGAGGACAAGGGGAAGAUCGUGACGGAUCUGAUUGCCGAGGUCAAGCCAAAGGUCAUGGUCGAACUGGGAGGCUACGUGGGCUACUCCUGCAUCCUCUUCGGAGCCGCAGCCCGCGCCGCCGUCGCGGACGCGAAAUACUACUCCCUCGAGCGCAACCCCGAGUUCGCCGCGGUGAUUGGCUCCCUCGUCGACCUCGCCGGCCUCUCCGCCACCGUCAAAGUCGUCGUCGGCCCUAGCGACGCCUCCAUCGCGCGCCUGCACGCCGCCGGCUCGCUCCCCAGGGUCGACCUCAUGUUCCUGGACCACUACAAGCCCGCCUACACCACGGACCUGAAGCUCUGCGAGCAGCUCGGCGUCGUCGGCCCCGGCUCCGUCCUCGCCGCCGACAACGUCAUCAAGCCGGGCAACCCGCCGUACCUCGAGUACGUCCGCAGUUCGGUUGCGCAGAAGCGCGCCGCUGCCGCCCGGGACGUCGGCAAGGCGAGGGGGGGGCUGAGCGGGUGGCACGACGACCGCGCGGCGAAGCAGUACGAGAAGCGCGAGGGCGAGGAGAGGCUGGACUCGUCGCGCAUCGGGAACCCGAACCUCGAGUACGAGAGCCGGCUGGUCGACAGCUUUGAGCCGACCGGCGUGCCUGACGGCGUCGAAAUAACGAAAUGUGUCGGCGAGGUGAAGGAAUGA